UAGCACUCCUUCAGGAACACUGUGAUAUUUUCUUAAUUUUUUCCUUCUUUUCGUCGCAUUUUGGCCCCGUUUUCAGUGCCUCCACGACGCUCCUUGACUGGCAUGGUUCCAAGAGGAUAACUAAGUCUAUGAGGAACAAUUCUUGGGCCGAAGUUGAAGUGUGAGUGUAGCAGCUUACGCCAAGAUAAGUCGUCGAAGCAAGCGCAUUGUGAGUGUGCGUUUCUCGCACACUCGAAGAUGGUGGUGUGGGUUAUUGCUUGGUGUGUUCUUGGGGUGUUUAAUAGCGGCCGCUCUCUUCACCAAACUCGAUGGCUCCGACCCAACCAAUGUGCUGGGCCUCACACCGAGGGAAGUGCGCCUGGCUGAGAGGGUCAGGGAGAUGGAGCAGCAGAAUCAGCUGUUGAGAAGACAGCUGAGUAUCUCCCAGAACCAGCUGAUCCAGGCAUGGGGAAAUGAGGGGGAGGAUGGGGCAGAGAAGAUAGGGGAAGGCACAGGGACAGGGGAACAAGGUGCUACUAAGUGCAAAGAAAAGGAAUUCGGUGUGCCAAAAUGUGAGGUGCUUCAUAUAGCUAUAGUGUGCGCGGGCUACAACUCCUCUCGCUCUGUUGUGACCCUUCUCAAAUCCCUCCUGUUCUAUCGCCGCAAUCCACUGCACUUCCACAUGAUAGCAGAUGCCAAAGCACAAGUUGUCUUGCAUGCACUCUUUUCUUCUUGGAAUGUCCCUCAUGUUGAAGUGAGCUUUUACCUGACGGACAACCUUGCCGCUGAUGUGUCCUGGGUACCCAACAAACACUAUUCCGGAGUGUUUGGCCUGAUGAAACUCACCCUCAACAAGGCUCUACCACAGACACUCAAGAAAGUCAUCGUUUUAGACACCGAUAUAACAGUCGCCACAGAUAUCGCUGAGUUGUGGAAUCUCUUCUCAAAAUUUGGACCAAAACAGUACAUUGGACUGGUGGAGAAUCAGAGUGAUUGGUACCUUGGCAAAUUGUGGAAGUCACAUCGUCCUUGGCCUGCACUUGGUCGUGGAUACAACACGGGCGUUAUCCUCAUUCGCCUGGACAUCAUGCGGCAAAGCAACUGGUCGCAGAAAUGGAAGUUAAUUGCCGAGAGGGAUCUGACCACGCUCUUCUCUACACAGCUGGCUGAUCAGGACAUCAUCAAUGCUGUCAUUAAGCAACACCCAGAAAUCGUGUACAAUCUUCCCUGCCAGUGGAAUGUGCAGUUAUCUGACAACACCAGAUCCGAGUUAUGUUACUUGGAGGUUACAGAUUUGAAGGCAAUCCACUGGAACUCACCAAAGAAAUUAAAAGUGAAAAAUAAGCAUGUUGAAUUCUUCCGCAAUCUUCACCUCACUUUCCUGGAGUAUGAUGGCAACCUUCUUCGUAGGGAGCUAUUUGGGUGCAAUCAUUCAAGGUCCAUUAUUGUGCCUAAUCCUCUGUCUCAGCUGAAUGAAGAAGAUGAGUGCUAUGAAUUUCGACGUGCGAGACAAACCAACUACAGAACACACUUGUUUUUCCUCGACAAUGAGUAUGAUCCAACACCAGAUGGUUUUGAUGUGACACUUGUUGCUACAUUAUCCAUGGAUCGUCUGCAGAUGGUGGAACAGUUACUGAAACACUGGGAUGGGCCUGUUAGCCUCACAUUAUACAUGUCUGAUGCUGAGGCUCAGCAAUUCCUGUCAUAUACACAGAGUUCAGAAAUAAUUGCAAGCCGGAAGAAUGUUGCAUAUCAUGUCGUCUACAAGGAGGGGAAUUUUUAUCCAGUCAACUUCCUAAGGAAUGUAGGAGUGCAACACGUAAACACUCCGUACGUCUUCCUAACAGACAUAGACUUCCUUCCGAUGUUAGGGCUAUAUUCGUAUUUAAGGAAAACACUACAGAACCUACAUCCUGAUGAUAGUAAGAAGGCUUGGAUCGUGCCGGCUUUUGAAACACAGCGCUACCGUCUUUCAUUUCCCCGCAGUAAAGCAGAACUCCUGAAUAGACUUGAUAUGGGAGAGUUAUUUACAUUUAGGUAUCACGUUUGGACAAAAGGUCAUGCUCCGACUAAUUUUGCCAAGUGGAGGACUGCGACCACUCCGUAUAAGGUGACUUGGGAACAAGAUUUCGAACCCUACAUUGUUGUGCGUAAAGAUGUUCCUGAAUAUGACACCCGAUUUGUAGGUUUUGGAUGGAACAAGGUGUCCCAUAUCAUGGAGUUACAUGUGAUGGGUUUUGACUUCAUUGUCCUUCCGAACUCCUUCAUUGUCCACAUGCCUCACGCCCCAAGUCUUGACAUUGCCAAAUUCCGUACAUCUCCACAGUACAAAAGAUGUGUCAAGAUUCUGAAGAGAGAGUUUGUGGAUGACCUCAAUAGGAAAUACAAUAGUGAUAUUUCUCUGCAGUGAAAAUGCAUUUAUUCAGCAAGGAAAUCAGCCAGGUCUUCCUUCAGAGAAUAUGAUUUAUUUUUUCUGGUAUCCAGAAUGUUAAGAAAGUUUUUGAAAGUGAAACAGAAUUAUUAUAGUAAUCACAGCCUUUUUUAAUAUGAUCAUAUUUCAGAUUUUAUGAUAUGCUUAUAUAUUUUUGGAAGAUAUUUACAAACCAAAUAUGUAUAAUAAGUAAGUCCUGUUUAUGGCAAUAAGUAUUUUGUGAUGUGAUGCCCACGUAAAACCUUGCAUUUUCUUUUGUCGCAAAUUACAACCUUGUAAUUGGUGUAGAGAUCUCUUGGUUUUGCUUGAUCAAAGACGUGCCAACGUAAAUGCUGGAAGGGAAGGCAUUUUUCUCCAUUGUCAUGCACAACGAAUGUAUCAAGCUUUGCUUUUAUUCUUAGUUGUUAAUUUGUCACUGAUGUUAUUAUUGAUGUUAUUAAUUUUAUUAUUAUUAUUACUAUUAUUAUUGUUAUCUAUGUUAUUAUUGAUUUAUAAGCUGUAUCUCCAUAUUCAGUUAAGAAAAAAUCAGCAAUUGGUUGUUUUUUUCUGUUAAAAGAAGUUACAAUUAAAUUGGGUGCUAUAAUAGUUGAAUGACUUAGAUAAGGUUGGGAUUUGAAAUGCAGAUAUUGCUGUCAUAAUGAAGACUUCACAUUACUGUCUUUUGUGUUUUAUGUAGAAUUAGUGCAUAUAUUUUUUAUUUUUAUUUUUUUUUUUUUUUUUAUUUUUUUUUUUUUUUAUUAUAAUACAUGUAAGGGAAAGGAUUAUAAGCAUCAGAAUAACUGAAAAAGAAAAAAGAAAGAAGGAAAAGGAGAGUGCCAUCCUUUCCGAAAGAAUAAGGGAAGAUAAUGGAAUAACUGACAAUAUACAGGUGUUAUUGUUUAAUACAGGAGGUGAAAUUGGAGCAUUUAGCUAUUUAUUCCUUGAAGAUUAUUCUGAACAUAUUCUUCUAUUCAAAGUUCAAGAUACUUGUUACCAUGUACUUAUAAUGACACAGACUUUAAUUAUUGAAUAUCUGAGGUAAUAUUAUGAAACUUUUGUAAAGGGAUUCUCUAUAGUGGUAUAUUUUAUUUACAAUGCUCCUUUUUUUUACAUUACAUAUAUACAUGUAAGUUUGAAACAGAUCUUGUAUUACUCAUAAACAUAUCAAUUGUUAACAGACCUUUUUCAUUAUAAUUAGUAUAUAUUGAUGAUGUCCUGUGAUAUCAAACCAGAGAUGUUACUACUUUGAUUAAAUUCUAGAAAUGAUUUUUUUUUUGUUCGUGUUCAUUUAUAUUACAGUGCCUUUUAGGAAAUUGACAUGCAUUUUACAUGAGGUUAUGUGCUUUCUAUAAGCUGUACUUUUCCUGGUAGUGUCAGAAGCCUCAUUAGUUCCAGAACUAGAGUGUAGUGCUUAUUCAGUAUAUUAGAAUUUGGGAGGAUUAAAUAUGGUAAUGAAAAUGAGAUCUGUUCCAAACUGUGUAUGUAAGAAUAUUGUUUUUCUUUUUUCUUUUCUUUUCUUUUCUUUUAUAGAUAUUUGAAGAUUAUUUGCAUAAAUGUAAAAGCGAAUUGUUCACAAGUGAUCCUUGUGUUUUUACAAAAAGAGUUACCACAAGAGAUGAUACAGUUGUGUAUUUUAUAAGCAGCCAUUUGUUUGCAUGAGACUGAAGUGUAAUGCAGUAAGAAAGAGUGUGUCAUUUUUACGAAAGAAGUGAGCUAAAUGCCAACCAAAGGGAUUAUAAACUGGUAGAUCUGACUGUUUUCCUUUUUUUGUUUGUACCUCUUGGGUCAUCUGAAGUUAAAAGUUUCCUCAUUUCUGACUGCAUUUUAUAUAUUGGUUAUCAAAUUGGAUAUGCCCAUUUUUAAUAUAAUUUAUAUUAAACUGUUGUUCCUUCCAUAUAUAGGUUGUAAUAGUGUGACUAAUGAUACUAAAGCCCAGUUUUCAUCGUGUUGAAUAAUUAUGAAAAGCAAUAGAAAACUGUACCUUUUAUGAUAUAAGAACAAAUAUUUUUGCUAACAAGAAGAGUCCAUUGAAUACCUUCUCUGGGCAGUGAAUGAAUGAGUAACACUGUUUUCUGUCUUCCCAUUUCUUACUAUUAAUGUUAAUUUCCAAUGCUCUCACUGAUGGAAGAAACGAUGCAUUUAGUCCCGUGUUGCACAUAUUAAAGGUGUCAGUAAAUUUUGAACAAUGCAAGACACAUGUUAAAGUUAUGUGCAGUUAAUGGGGAUUUUUUCUCCUCCCUUUUCCAUAAUGAGAAACAAAUUACAAUGAGGUACUUUACCUAUAAAGAGGCAGAUAGAAUAGGUCUGUCUUGCAGGAAAGGGCUAACUGGAUAGAAGGCAACUAAAAUCAAUAAGUUCUGGACUACAGCCAAAAGUUCCUAUAUUUUCAAGUAUUCUUCUAGUCUUACUAAUAGGUUAUCUUCUCAGUACCUGUCAGAUAACUUGUAGUUUUAUUUUGAUACUUCUUACGAUAUUCUGGUUGCAAAGAACUUGAUGGUGAAGGUUGGUUUUGAAGUCAAAAAGAAAAGGAUACAAGUUAGUUAAUUGGCUGUUUUCUUUCCAGGUUAGAUGUGAGUACAUUGUAAUGUGUUAGGGUAUGUAAUUGUGAUUAUGUGCGUGCAUGCCUAUGUAUGCGUGUGUGUUGAUGUCUGUGUAAAUGUUAUUGCCAAAUUAAAUACAGUAAUUGUGCAAACAGUUUUGUUUUUGUGUGUUCAGUAUCUAUUCCAAUUAGAACAAAUAUUUUGUGCAAUGACCAAGUUUUUCUUUUCAUAGUAAACUUAAAUAAUUUAUUAAGUUCCUGUAAUCUUUACAAAUUCAUGAGUUCAAAUAUUAUUUAACAUCUGUGAUUAGGCUAAGAGCAUCAGGAAAUAGUUUCUGUAAUUUAUUUCUCUUUACCAUCAAAUGAAAUACACGUUCAUCCUUUGAGAAUCUCAAAAAGAGUUUUUAAGAGCAGCUAUACUUUUCUGCAGUUGGAGGGCUAUAACAAAAGCUGUGACUUAGAAUGAAAAAUAAUUGUACAUGAAAGCAAGUCCUGUGAGAACUUGCUUCAUUGAUAGCUGUGGCACUUAAUUGUGGAACGAUUUACACAUACAGUAAGGUGUAUUCUUAUCAUACCUUUUUGUUGUAAGAAUACUUUCAAUUCUUUGAUUUUCAAUAUCAAUGACCAAAAAAAAAAAAAAAAGCAUCAAAACAAAGCUUUUAGAUGAUUGCAAUGCUGUUAUUCGGCUGCAUUAGUUACGAAUGCAUUAGGCUUUUAUUUCGGUGCUUACUUACAUUAAGUAAUUGCACUUUCCUCUCUGCUCGAUAGUAGUGUUUGCCAAAGGUGGUUUUGAAUAAAGUGAGGCUUCCGUUAUAUAUUCAAGGAGGCUGGUCUGAGUUACUUUAUGGGAUCUUUUAACAGGUGAUGAGUCGGUGAAUCAGGUAUGUUUCACUUGCUUCACUGGUAGAGUAGAUUUACUCGCUAUCCUUUAGUUGUUUAAGUAUUUAUAUUCAGAAUAUUGAUCUUAACCUUCAUACCAAAUUUUUUUGUUUUAAGUUGCGACUAAUUUGACAGUUGUUUGAUUUUUUUGUUUUUUUUUGUUAAUAAUUAUUAUUAUUAUCUAUGGUAUAUCUCCUUUUUUGUAAAAUGAAAUAUGAAAUAUAAUAAUGUCAUGAUUUGCUGUAGUUCGGAGCAAAAAAAUUGGUUAUUGCAGUAGCAAUUGAAAUAUCCAUUGCAAGAAAAUUGGUCAUAAUGUUUUCAGUCACAUGUUAAGAGCACAAUUGUAUUUUUUUAUGAGCUUCUGAUCAUACGAGAUUUUUUCUUUAUAUUUAUGUUUUGUGAUUUACCAGUAAUGUAUGAGUAAUUUUACUAUCUAAUAAAUAUAUGAUUAGUUA